CUCCACCUCUUCCCGUUUUUGCCCCUUCCUCCGCCGCCGACGGCCACCAAACCACCACAAGAAGAUCGAACGAGAGAGGAGAGAGCAGCAACCAACCCGUUCCGCUGCUGCUCGAUCUCCACCGUGGGCUACUACUGCGGGUGAGGUAAACAAACCAGCGACAGCGAGCGCUAAUUGCGGGAUGGGGCUGGGGAUGGGUGAUCAGACGCCGGCGUCUCAGAGGAAGGCGGCGGCGGCGGCGGGCGGAGGCGGGCUGGCCGCCCUGAAGCUGCUGCUGUGCGUGCUCCUCGUCGGCCUCGCCCUGCGGCUGCUCGUCGGCCCCUCCGCGUACCUCCUGUCGGACACCGCCACCGCCACCGCCGCGCCGGAGGGGGAGGUGGCUUCCGACGGGAGUUGUGAUCUUUCCCAUGGUGAAUGGGUCCCUGAUUCACUAGGCCCAUCUUACACCAAUGGCAGCUGCCGCUUCAUCGAGAUGCCGCAGAACUGUAUGACAAAUGGGAGGCCUGACAGUGGUUAUCUUUAUUGGAGAUGGAAGCCAUAUGGCUGCGAUGUGCCGCGGUUUGAGGGCGAGAAGUUUUUGGAGGCCAUGCGGGGAAAACAUUGGGCACUUAUUGGUGAUUCAAUCCUCCGAAACCAUGUCCAAUCGUUGCUUUGCCUUCUUGCUAAGGUUGAAGAGCCUACUCAGGUCUACCAUGACAGGACAUUCAAAUCAAGGCGGUGGCACUUCGCUUCACACAACAUCACAGUAUCUCUUAUCUGGGCACCGUUCCUGGUCGAAGCUGAAAUAUUUGAAGAUGAUGAUGGAAGAUCAACUUCUGAGCUCCAACUGCACCUUGACAUACUUGACUCAAACUGGACAAGGCAAUGGAACAGCUUUGACUAUGUCGUGAUAUCAACAGGGCAAUGGUUCCCGAAAACCGCAGUCUACUGGGAGGAUGGAGUUUUGACUGGCUGCCACUAUUGCAAGAACAAGAACAUAGCGGAACUGACCUUUGAGUACGCCUUCCGCAAGUCACUCAGAAAAGCUUUUCAGUUCAUCACAUCCUCACCUCACAAGCCAGUGGUCUUCUACAGAACAUGGUCACCGUCACAUUUCGAGAACGGCGAGUGGUCCAGUGGUGGGACUUGCAAGAGGACUGUUCCAUUCAAGCCGGGGGAAGCUGGCGAUAGAGAAUCGGACAAGAAGAUGUGGAGGAUUGAGAGAGAAGAGUUUGCCAAGGCAGCGGCGCAUGACAGGUCCAACAAUGCUGGGCGUCUGAAGCUGCUUGACACAUUUGAGCUCUCGCUGCUAAGGCCUGACGGCCACUCUGGACCUUACAGGACAUAUCAUCCUUUCGAUAAGGGGACGACCAGCAAAGUUCAGAACGACUGCCUGCACUGGUGCCUACCCGGUCCUAUCGAUGCAUGGAAUGAUAUAAUCAUGGAGAUGUUAGAGAUGAACUGAAAACUCCACUGGCAUGCAACCGAAUCAUCCAAGUUUUGACAAAAAAACGUGUUGAUUCA